AUGAAAAUAUAUAUAUAGUCUCCAGUGUUUUAGAAAUUCAUAUUCAAUAAUCAACACUAAAGAAAUAGAUUAUAAAUGCCAUUAUCUUAAGAUAAGAUUCAAAAACCCUCUCCUAUGUCUCGAUCUCUAACAAUUAAAUAGUAUGAAUUUGAUACAAUUUAAUAGAAGAAAACAAACUCAAAAUACAGUUGAACCUAGAGGAUUAUCAUUAUCUAUCUCAAGAGAAACUCAAAGGAGCUUUUUUAAAGAUCCAAUCUAAAAUAGAGCACUUCCUAUUGAUUAAUUUCAAACUAUGAUAAAAGAGAUUUAAGUUGGAAAUUCAAUACAAGUUAUUACAAAGUUGGAAUAAGGUCCUUUUACAAAAAAAACAUAUUUAAUUUUAGGUAUUGCAUAUAAAUAAUUGAAUUAAUUUGAUAAAGCAAGAAGUUGGGUAUUUAUUUAUCUUAUCAAAAAGUUCAAUAAAUGUUUGUCUGAAUAUCCUAAUUAUUUGGAUGGCUAUAUUUAAUCUGCAGUUUUAGAAUUUAAAGCCUAAAAAUAUCAUGAAUCUCUAAAAUUCAUUGAACAAGCAUUACUUCAUAGUCCCAAUGAUAAAUAAGCAUUAUAAUAUAAAGCUAGAUGUCAUUCUGCUUUAAAAUAACAUUUAAAAGCCUUAGAAAUUUAUGAAAAAUUAAACAAUACAGAUUUUCUGGGAAGAUCACGUCAUUGUCUAACAUUAAUUAAAUGUAAUUAUUUUGAUCAAGCACUUAUUAAAAUUGAAACUAUUUUAUAAUAAGACAGUGAAAAUGCCGAAGCUUUGUUACUAAAAGGAAUAAUUUACUUUAAAAAAAGUAAUUAUUAACAAAAAUUUAUUAGAAAACUUUAUGGAGUCUUAGAUUUAUAUUGAAUAAGCUAUUUAAAUGUCAACAUCCCAUUAAUUAAGUGCUAAAGCUAUAUCCUAUAUUAUCAAAUCUAAAAUAAGUCUAAUGGACUUUUAUGAAGCUUAAUUACAUCUAACAAGAGCAGAAUAACUUAAAAAAAGUUUUAAAUGUAUUUCCAAAUUAAAACCUUUUGUUAAUGGAACUGUCAAGUUGAUGAAAAGAUAAUUUGUAUAGGGACUUUAAUUAAUUAAAGAUUUAAAACCAAUAAGCAAAUUCUUAUAGCCUAUUUAUUAUAAAUUUUUAGCUUAUGCAUAAUUUUGUACAUCUGAUUAUAUUUCAGCUCUUAAAUCAUAUGAGUUGAUAAGUCCAAUAGAAAGGGGAUAACUCUAUAAUAGAUAUUAAGCUGAAGCUUUAAUUCUAAUAUAAAAAUGUAAAUUAUAUGAAAAUAAUCAGGUUAGUAUGAAAAAUCGAUUAGAUUGCUUGAACAAGCUAUAGAGAUUUUUCCAAAUAAACUUGAACCUUAUUAUCUAAAAGGUACAAUUUGUUUGCUUGAUAAAUUAUAUGAUGGAGCAUAGGAAUGUGAAUAACUGCUAGAAUUAGCAUUUACUAAAUAAGGAAAAUAACCAAAUUUGUUUUUUGCUAGAGCUUUGAUGAAAUCAUAUAAAAGAAGAUAUACCUCAGCUAUAAAAGAUUUAGAAAAAGCAAUUGAUAAAAGUGAAGAUAGUAUAAGUGACCAUUUUUACAUUCGAGGAAUCUUACAUGCUUAAAGUAUGAGAUUGAAAGAAGCCAUAAAAGAUUUUACAACAGCUAUUCAUUUUAAUAAAGAGCAUUCAGAAUCUUAUUUAGAAAGAGCUAAAUGUUACUAAAUAAAAGGAGAGUAAUAUAAAAUAUCAUUUUUAGUACUGCACAGAGUUUUGGAGAUAUGAAUAAAUAUGUGAAGUAUAAUAAUUCAGAUGAGAUUCAUUAUUGGAGUGGAAGCUUAUUGUUCCAUAACAAUGCUUAUGAAGAAGCCCUUAAAGCAUUUAAUGAUGCUAAAUAAACUAAUUAAAUAUUAAUUUUGAAAUUGAAGUGUGAAAUUAAAUUAUAACAAAUAGACAAAGCCUGUAUGAUUUCAAAUUAGAUAAUACAAUAAAAUAGUAAAGAAGCAAAAUACAGAAUUGAUUUUUUAAUGUUGACAUACAUCAAAUAAAUAUUAGAUUUACUAUAAAAUAAGAAGGCUUGUGACUCUGUGAUAUUUCCUUAGAUAGAUUAAAAUGAAAUGGGUUUAAUAUUUUAAUCUUAAGAUGUACUUUAAUUCAAGGCAUCAAGUCUGAUUUAUUAACAAAAAUACAAUGAUGCAUUAUUGAUUCUUUCAUAACUUGAAACUUAUUGGAUGAAUUCUUAAAAAGAUCGAUUGAAUAGUAUUUCAAGUCAUCAAGAUGCUGAUUCAGAGAAGAGUGAGAAUGUUUCAAAUGAAAUGGUAUUGAAAUCAGAAAGAAUUGUAUAACAUAUAAUAGGUAUAAAAUAUAAUAUGGCAAUAAUCUAUUUAUUGGUAUAGAAUUAUUAUUAAUUGUAUAGUUAUAAUAAUAUACUAAUGCUAAAAUGAAAGUAGAAGAUAUAAGAGAAUAAGUUGGUAAUGUAGUUUCAGAUGAAUUGGAUUACUUAAAGCUUUUGAUUUAAAAUUAAAUAGAUAAAAAAUCUACAUAAGUUUUUAGUAAAUCAAUCUUAACUUUUUUAAUGAAUGAAAAAAGCAUCUUUAAUGGAUUUCCAACAAUAAAAAUAGCAGUAAAUGGAUAAGGAAUAUUUGAAUGCAAAUUAUCUCUUAAUUUCCCAGAUAUCUAACCUCCAAAUAUAUGUCCAGAAUUUAAGAAAGAAUUUUUGUUUAUGAUUAAGGUAAAUAUUAAUCUAUUAAAAUAUAGCCAAAUCUUAUAGAAAAUAAACCAGAAGCUCCUUGGCUUUAAAGAACAUAAUAAUAAGUACUUGUUUUUACUUAAAAUUAAUUAAAUGAUGAUUUAGAUUUGACAACUGAUGAUGAAGAAGACGUUAAUGAAAAGAGAAAAAAGAAGAGACAAGUUUAAAAUUUAGAAAUAGAUGAAAAAGUAUAAAAACGUUUGGAUUAGCUAAUGAAAAAAUUAUGA